CGCAGGGGGGUUACAGUGUGGAUUGUGGUCCUACAGAUAAAAAGUUCGCACGGGAUAUUCUAGCGCACAGGAGGAAAAGUCGUUGAGAACAUGGCAAACAAACCACAGCAGCCUCCUCACCUUCAUCUGGCGGAAUUGAGCGCCACCCAGUUCAUCGACAUCUGGAACCAUUUCGAUACCGACGGUCAGUACCGGAGCACAACGUUAUCCAAAAUGUUACCUUGAAUUUUACGCAGCACUUUUUUGAACGAGGCAUUGUUUCAAAUGCAAACACAAAUGUAAGCUAACAUGUUGGAUAUUGGGAUAGCUCUGUCUAAAAAGUGUUGUUUAUCAUAACUGAAAUUAACUUUUGGUCAUGAUGGAAAAAGCGUAGGCAAUAAAAUGUUGGAUGUUUUGAAUUGUGAUUUUUUGUUUCAUUUUGUGUGGACAAGACAAGAAGUGUUGGACAAAAAAUGCUGUAUAAGCAUUCUAGUGCAUUUACUUUCUUGGCAGUUAGAAAAGCAACUGGAUAACUCCUGGUGUUACUGCUGAGGUUUCUGUUUGAUUUAUUGAUUAAAAAAAAUACACUUUUUAAAUGUAAUUAAUUGUGGGCACUAAAUACUGUAUCCUUAGAAAGGUUAGAAUAGACUACCUGUGUAUUAAUUGAUCAAUGCAAUAUUUGAUUUAAAAAGGUUGAUUGUAUGGAUGCAUGACUUUUAUUCAGUUACUAGAAGAACCCAAUCAGAUAAAUCUAAUACAUCAGUACUACAAUGUAUAUCAGCCUAUCGAUCAAAACGCAUCAGAAGUCUAGGCUAUACCUCAGUGCACCGUGCGCUAAAGGAGGGAUGGGCGUGUGCCACACUGUCGUCCAUUUAAAACGUGUAUGUAGCCUAACCACACAAUAAGUGCCUUUUUUGUAUAGGCCUCUAAAAAAUUUGGCUUCACUAACUUAACUGAAUGCUUAAAUACAGUAAUCAUAUUAUUCCACUGUAUUGUUUUAUAAAGCACGAUUAAACAAAAGAAAAACAUCUGGAUGAUGUCAGGACAGACUCAAGAGUUUCCAUAGGCAUCAUAACUGAUGGUUGGAAUCCUGCUUUAAAAAGGUGCGUCUAAAAUGUAACUAAAUGUAUGAAAAGAGGAGGGAGUUUGUCAACCGAAUUCCUACAGUUCGUCACAAAUAAAAGUUUAAUCCAACAGUAUUAUAUUAAUGUAAUUCACUAUACAGAUGAGUUGUCGGCUCAAUUCAAGCGCACGAGCCCACGCCCCUCCAAGCGUAUUAUUCCUGGGCAUCCUCUGGGCAUAAUCGGUUUCCCCUAUUGAUUGUGUUACUGCACAUUCCGUCCCGGCCAUUUGUUGAAGCGGAAUGAUAAUCCUCGAAGCGUGAAUAGUCUCUCGGAUUACAGUACUAGUUCCCUCUGGGUGUUUAGUUAUCUGAGCACAAACAGGGAUUGGUGCUGUUGGUCCACCCUAUAGGGCCUAUACUGUGCUGUCUCUAUGGAUUGAGCAUUUUCUGCAAAGACAACAUGACAUAGGGAUAUGGACAUGGUACUCAGUGAAUUGCUGGUCUGGUGCAAGUAGGCAUAACCAAAGUAGGCUAGGCCAGAACAUCAGAUCAUGCGAUUGGCCUACCGAUUUUGCCGCUGUCCAUCGUGCUGAAAUGAUUAGACCCAUCAACAAUGUUGCUGAACAUUUUGCUAUAGAGAACACACAGAGAGAUACCUGACUAAUGUCUGUCUGAUAUUGACAUUUCAGUAAUGCAUAAUUUAUGAUGCAGUUAUAAUGCAUUGCAAGACUUGGCAUGAUCAUGUUGUGGUCCCCUGAUAAUGUAUUAUAGUAUUGUAGCUUUUCCCUGUCUUGUGGGGAAGAGGUUAUCAACCAGCUGGUAUUUGUUUUAACAGUUCAUCACUUUUUUGGGGUAUGAGAUAAAUAAUAAUAACACCAUAAUGAUUGCCAAUGUUUAUCAGCAUUUGUUAUUCACAUAAGCCUAGAAUAUAAUUAUGUGUCAAAAAUGACUCAAAAUGAAUGAUGGUAUAGGCUAACUCAAGAUCAUAAUGAGAUGAUAGGCCAUAGAGGUCAAAUGUGCCUAAAACAAGUCACAUAAUGCAUUCUGAUUGCAUGACAGUAUGCUACUCUUAAGUUGUCACCUUCUGAGGGAUACCUUUACAUUUAAGAAUAAAUAGGUAGCUUAUAUCAGAUAAUGUUGGAGAUGGCUAAUGUCUGUGACCACAAAGUGGGACAUAAACCAAUACAAUUGGCCACAUUCUAUUGCCACAACUGUUUAGAUAAAUAAGCAGUAUUCAUUUGUUAUUGGCAAUUCUCCAAUGAAAUAGAAAAAAAGUAAAUGAGUAGAUAAUUGAAAAAUAAUGGGACACUGCAGUACAUAGGCUACUUUGGUCUAGUGUAUAUCACAUCAUCAUACACAGCAUACUCUGCAAUAUACAUGCACACCUUCAGCUUGUUUUUGAUUUAUUAACACAUAUACAAAGUUCAUACAAAGUUCAUAGACAAUGAGCAUAUAAAACCACUGGAUCAUAUUGGUCAUACUAACAUGUAAUGAUAAAGUAAAUCAUAUGUAAAGCUAUUAUAAAAAUGUAUACAUGUCAAUAAAAUAAAGAGACAAUAAAAUAAAAGUGCAUUAUGAUGAUAUUGCUAGAAUCAUAUCCGCUCUAUAUAGAGCAAUUUAUGUUUUCGGUGUAAUCAAAUGCAAAUUUGCUUUGUUCAUAAUGAUAUGUACUUGUUCUUCUGGUAAAUAUAAAACUGAGUGCUUCCCCGAGACUUUCGGUACUCAGGUCCAUGCAAAUGUCACUAGGAUCCACAGGCAAAUUAAUACACAGGCAUUUGCAAGACAUUUCAAUCGUGAAGCUGAUAGGAAAGGCAUAGUUGAUAUUUGUCAAAAGCCACUAUAAUAACCAUCUCACUGGUCUCCCUCGAUUUAGCAACAUUAAGUUUAAAGCUCUAUCAUUUCCUUCACCAUUAUUUAUAGACAUCCAAAUAAUCCUGGCAAGGGUGCAACUAGGCACAUUUAUUUGAAGUUGGGAUUCCUGCAUUGAUUUCGUACACUGUCUUGCCAGGCAGAGAUUUCCCCAUUGUCUUUUCAAAUAACUGGACUUAAAAGGCUUUGGAGGCCUCAAUUAGAGGGAGAUGGAGAGAGAGAAAGAGAGAGUAAAAGUGCAUUUCAAGACUGGGAGACCCCUUCAAGGGAUUUAAUUAAGCAGUUUCCAACGUUUGAGUGCAAGCUCACAAAUCACGUCAGCCAGAGCCAGCCUCGCAGCAUGCUAACCAUCUGGACAACAAAUUAGUUAGUUAUUAUGUCAGUCAUUGAGCCAGCCAUCCAAUCAGCCAGCAAGCAAGCAAGAUAAACGUAGUUCUGGAGUAUUACUGUAAAACAGGGACGCAUUGGCCUAAUUUGCUAUCAAAUUUGUACAAUCUCACUUCUCAAUAAUCACACUUUCACAGUGGUACUACUAUACAUUACACAGGGAUCUUUGAUGCUUCACAGUCACUGCCUGUAUGAUAGAUAGUAUUGGGCUGAUUUGUCAAAUCCCUGUUUUCUCUGCUGCAGGCAAUGGCUACAUUGAGGGCAAGGAACUGGAGAACUUCUUCAGGGAGUUGGAGAUUGCACGGAGAGGGACCGGAGUGGUAAGGGAAUGAUCCCUGGGCCUUGACUAAGGGCUCAAUUCAACCAAACAUGUCAUAGCAAUGUUUAUACAGUAUCUCUGUUUACAUAACUACUGCCCACAUACAUUACGUACUGUACGUCUCAGGCCUAUUCUGUCUCUGAUGGGUCUAUGUGGAAUUUUUUACAGUACUGAAUCCAAUACCAUUUUGUAACAUUAUUUCUAUAGGGAUAUAUUACUGUAUGCUACAGCAGAUAUAUUGUAAUGCUGGAUUGACUGACCACUUUCAAGGAAAGUGUCAUAGCUCUGGUCUUUAAUUAGAACAGUAAAUAUGUUUUGGAUUUUAUUAGGUGAAACCAAAGGAGUACAACCUCAUGCAAACAAAUAUUGGACAUAGUAAUUGGUGUAAUGUGAGUUUACUUUAACAGGCUAACAGGCAAAGGUACAAAGUAAUUCUACCACCAACUUUCCAACUUUUACUGACAAUAGUAAAGGUAGUAUUUUGUUUGUUCUUUAAUCCAACAGUCAUAUGUUGGCAUCUCCUCACUAAUCAAGGUUGUAGCCUAUUCUGGUAGGUUGUUCAUUGAGUUCCGGAACAAGCCCUAGAGAUAUGAACUCAUGUCUAUAAGCUGUCCAGUCUGUCAAGGACUGGCAGUAAUUAAAAGGCAACUGAUUUGUCCAACCAAGAGCUAAUUAAUUAUUUAAGCAACAUCAAAACAACAAAGUUCUCCAGAGAGUGCUCCCACAGAUGGAAAAUAUUCUCUUUCUUGGGAGGAGUCAGUGCAAUAAUCUUUCUGUCACCACAUCUCGUGUGUGUACAACACAGGAAUCAGAGAGCUUCAGUAAUCAUGUUACAUAUAAUCUCCCAGUAGCUGCAUAAAGUCUGUGACUAGAAGAUGACGAGCCCUUUAGCUGGGGAGAAGACGCUUGUCUGUUUUAGAGAAACAAUCUCUCAGUCUGCCCAGUGUAGCAACCACUAAAAUCUAAAACUAGCCCUGUCACAACAAUGUGCGUGACCACAGUCCUAUAACACGAGAGGAUGGUUUGCGUAAAAAAAAAAGAUCUUUACUGAUGUUUGUGUCAUGACAAACUGAUAUUUGCGUGUAUUUGUGCAUGUGUUAUAGGACCCAUCAAACUCCACUUUCAGAGAGAAGAUGAAGGAGUUUAUGCAGAAGUUUGACAAGAACGCAGAUGGGAGAAUUGAGAUGUCAGAGGUGAGCUGACAUUUUUUCCUUUUCAGAUCAAUGAGGAUUUGAUUAUGCUAAUGAUAAGUAUUACCAGUGAUCUCGGGCAGUUUGCAAAUCAAUGCAGAAAUAAUCAGAUACUAUUAUGGUAGAUGUGUUCUGAAACUGUUGAUGAAUCGAUGAUCUAUGCUUCAUUCAAGUAAUCUUCGUCUAAGAGAUAAGAUUCUAUUAUCAAACACAGUAUUUUUCACACUAUCAAACACAGAGAAGCAAAGGUUAUCUUUUUUCUCCCUAAUUAAUCUCUCUCUUUCUCUUCUUCUCCAGCUGGCUCAGAUUUUGCCCACAGAGGAGAACUUCCUGCUUUGCUUCAGAGAGUUUGUGGGAUCCAGUUCUGAGUUCAUGGCGGUAAGUGGUGAAAAUAGAUGGUUUGAGUAUUAAUUUGGUUUGAGUAAGAAUGUGAAGACUCGUACAGGCUAUUUAUAAUGUGUGUUGGUGGGAUUGGAAAUACAGAGCUACUGUAAUAAAGCAGAAUGAAAAACAACAAUUAAACAAAGCAAUUAAAACCCACAACAAUCCACAUUUUGGAAUCGUUGCCCAGCCCAAAUCAUACCCAAAUCAUAUUAGGGAAUUGCACUGAAAGUAAUACAACAUUUGAGAGAAAAGUUUCAAUGUAAAAAAAAGUCAUACUCAAAGGUUAUUUUUCUCUGUCAUGUGUCCUCUGCCAAGAGAAAAGCCACAAUCACUCACUGGUAGAGGAGAUGAAAUUCCAGAGACUCUUGACAGCUCUGUCAGAUUAGUUCUCAUACAGUGUAAAUGGAAAGAGUUUGAUUAUCAGUGAUACCAGGAGGGACCAUCCAGUCACCCACUGCACUCCCAUUAUGUCAAGGGCAGGAAGAAUUAAAUGAGAAAGAGAAAAUUAGGCUUUUUAAUCACCCGGUGUGGUAACAAAGACUUUUAAAGGGAUCGAAUGAGGAAGUACAAACUUCUAUUUUCAGAAUCAUAUAUUAUAGAUGUGAGGCUGUAAUUCUCAACAGACCUGGAGAGGGAGGGCAUCUAUCUUUGAUAAGAGCCCUUUCUGGAAACAGGGACAGCUGCUAGAUUAAAACAUUAAUUAAAAAGCAUUUCUCUCUCCUUGCCCUCUCACAAUGUGUGGGAGAUAGGAAAGAAAUCUGGAAAGUAUAAUGAAGACCCAAGUGUGAUAACGGGAAGAAACAACUAACAAUUACCAGCCACAUAAAUUGGAUAGGAUUUUUUGGUGCUCUUCCUCUCCUUUUGAAAGUGAUCUCUGUCCCUCCAGAGAGUAAUUCAUGAACGUCACAUGCAAUCCCAUUAAUACAAUCCAUUUCGAUUGCUUUGGUGUUAAAGGACAUUGGAUAUGGGGGUGUUUGAUUGUGAGUGGAGGAAUGAGAUGGCUCAUUUACAAUGUGAUUGGUACUACUGUCGGAGCAAGUGAUUGGCUGUGUGUCUAUUUUUUCAUUUCUAAUGUGUGUGACUUUGUGUUUGCAUAUGUAGGCUUGGCGACGAUACGAUACAGAUCGCAGUGGGUACAUUGAAGCUAAUGAACUAAAGGUAUGGUUCCUCACUUGUUAACCAUCAAUGUAAGACAUGUUUACAGUAUGUCCUUUUACAAACUAUGGUAGAGCUCCAACCAUAGUCAAUAGUUGUCUCCUAACUCUCCUUGUCAUUCGAUCCAGCUAUAAGAUGACAAGGAGAUGCAUUAUUAUACUUUACAAUGUAAAUGAAGCUUUAGAAACCAACACCCAAAAACUUGCAGGUAUAGUUGUUGUGUUGAUGCAGUGAGGCAAAUGGGGACUAUGCAUAUUUCUCUUGUCUCAACGGCUGUCAGACAAAGACACUAUACAAAUCUUGACUUGUAAUACCACCCAUUAUGCUGUUGUCUGACACUGAUUAAUUUCUAAAGCGUUUUCUGCUGUCUUAUCUGCAGGGAACUGCAGGAUGUUACUGUAACACAGGCUGGUAGUGAUAGAUAGAAUGGCCCUUUCUGUCAAUGAAGGAUCUGAGAAUGUAUGUGACACUUCCAAUUCUGCGUAAGCCAAUACUUACAUGACUGACGGAAAGCAAUAACUGGGGCCUCAGCGCUAACGUAUAGACGAGCCAGACUCUCUAAGAUCAUAGGAUUUCUUUUAACCUAUUAGGGGAUUAUAGUUAUCUCACUUUUCUCACCUCCACAGGGAUUCCUCUCAGACCUGCUGAAGAAAGCCAACAGACACUACGAUGACCAGAAGCUUCAAGAGUACACACAGACAAUAGUGAGUAUUUUCAGUCUAAAUUAAUCCCUUCCUGUACCGUAUCCAAACCCUUCCUCCAUAGCCGUGGGAAGAAGGGGUGCUGAGGGUGCUGCAGCACCCACUGAAAAAUCGGGGGGAAAUAAAAACAAUAAAUGUGUAUAUUUAUUUACAAAAGUAGUGCACUGGGCCUGUACUAGUAUUAGCGGACCAAUAUAGAUGGCUGUAGCACAGGCAUAAAACAUUUUCAGCAUCUCUGCUUUGGCAAAAAAGGUAGUUGUAUAAUUAAGAACAGUAUCUUGCAGGAUUCAAUAGUUGGAAUUGUAAGAGUUGUUGCCCUGUCCCUUUAUCUGCGAUUGUCAUUCUAAUGGAAUCCAGAAAGAACAAAACCCGUCCUCAAACAUUUACAUCAAAAGGUACAAAGUUAUGGGCAAAGACACAACACAUCCACAUCAAAUAAAAUAUUUUUCUUGAUGAAAUAACAUGGAAAACAACCACUUUUUGUGCAGCAUUAAUUUACCCUCCUUACAAACCACUUAAUGUAAAUGUACAUUACUGUAUUGUACAUAGACUGGUCAUCUAGGUUUGUACCUGUAGACUUUCCAUCACCAUGAAGAAAAACAAUCCACAAUACAGUAAUUGAGUACAUUGAGACAUCAAAUGGUUUGUGACGAUGUGAUGUGAUGGUGUGGCUCAGUUAGUAGAGCAUGGUGCUUGCAAUGCUAGGGUUGUGGGUUCGAUUCCCACGAGGGACCAGUGCAAAACAGUAUGACAAUGUAUCCACUCACUACUGUAAGGAUAAGCUCUGGAUAAGAGUGUCUACUGAAAAGGAAUGAAAAUACCAUUUCAGUUUUCACAUACAGUGGGGAAAAAAAGUAUUUAGUCAGCCACCAAUUGUGCAAGUUCUCCCACUUAAAAAGAUGAGAGAGGCCUGUAAUUUUCACCAUAGGUACACGUCAACUAUGACAGACAAAAUGAGAUUUAUUUUCUCCAGAAAAUCACAUUGUAGGAUUUUUUAUGAAUUUAUUUGCAAAUUAUGGUGGAAAAUAAGUAUUUGGUCAAUAACAAAAGUUUCUCAAUACUUUGUUAUAUACCCUUUGUUGGCAAUGACACAGGUCAAACGUUUUCUGUAAGUCUUCACAAGGUUUUCACACACUGUUGCUGGUAUUUUGGCCCAUUCCUCCAUGCAGAUCUCCUCUAGAGCAGUGAUGUUUUGGGGCUGUCGCUGGGCAACACAGACUUUCAACUCCCUCCAAAGAUUUUCUAUGGGGUUGAGAUCUGGAGACUGGCUAGGCCACUCCAGGACCUUGAAAUGCUUCUUACGAAGCCACUCCUUCGUUGCCCGGGCGGUGUGUUUGGGAUCAUUGUCAUGCUGAAAGACCCAGCCACGUUUCAUCUUCAAUGCCCUUGCUGAUGGAAGGAGGUUUUCACUCAAAAUCUCACGAUACAUGGCCCCAUUCAUUCUUUCCUUUACACGGAUCAGUCAUCCUGGUCCCUUUGUAGAAAAACAGCCCCAAAGCAUGAUGUUUCCAACCCCAUGCUUCACAGUAGGUAUGGUGUUCUUUGGAUGUAACUCAGCAUUCUUUGUCCUCCAAACACGACGAGUUGAGUUUUUACCAAAAAGUUCUAUUUUGGUUUCAUCUGACCAUAUGACAUUCUCCCAAUCCUCUUCUGGAUCAUCCAAAUGCACUCUAGCAAACUUCAGACGGGCCUGGACAUGUACUGGCUUAAGCAGGGGGACACAUCUGGCACUGCAGGAUUUGAAUCCCUGGCGGCGUAGUGUGUUACUGAUGUUAGGCUUUGUUACUUUGGUCCCAGCUCUCUGCAGGUCAUUCACUAGGUCCCCCCGUGUGGUUCUGGGAUUUUUGCUCACCGUUCUUGUGAUCAUUUUGACCCCACGGGGUGAGAUCUUGCGUGGUGCCCCAGAUCGAGGGAGAUUAUCAGUGGUCUUGUAUGUCUUCCAUUUCCUAAUAAUUGCUCCCACAGUUGAUUUCUUCAAACCAAGCUGCUUACCUAUUGCAGAUUCAGUCUUCCCAGCCUGGUGCAGGUCUACAAUUUUGUUUCUGGUGUCCUUUGACAGCUCUUUGGUCUUGGCCAUAGUGGAGUUUGGAGUGUGACUGUUUGAGGUUGUGGACAGGUGUCUUUUAUACUGAUAACAAGUUCAAACAGGUGCCAUUAAUACAGGUAACGAGUGGAGGACAGAGGAGCCUCUUAAAGAAGAAGUUACAGGUCUGUGAGAGCCAGAAAUCAUGCUUGUUUGUAGGUGACCAAAUACUUAUUUUCCACCAUAAUUUGCAAAUAAAUUCAUUAAAAAUCCUACAAUGUGAUUUUCUGGAUUUUCUUUUCUCAAUUUGUCUGUCAUAGUUGACGUGUACCUAUGAUGAAAAUUACAGGCCUCUCUCAUCUUUUUAUGUGGGAGAACUUGCACAAUUGGUGGCUGACUAAAUACUUUUUUUUUCCCACUGUAGAUAAAAGUUGCAUUAGCAAAGUAUUUCAAGAAACUGGAAAACAUAUAUCAAGUAUUAUCAGAUUAACUGUUUUGUACAGAUAAUUAUCAGACUCAAGUUACAAAUGCUGGUAAACACACUUUUCCACAAAAAUAGUUCUGCGCUGGGCCAUUACUAGUCAUGUAUUGGUGGACCGAUAUAGACGUCUUCAGUGCGGGCAACAACAAAAAAAUCAGCAUCCCCACAGUCAGCAGAAAAAUUGCAGUACCCCCAGCCCCAAACUACUAUGCCUUCCUCACAAACUUAUCUGAGAAAUAACCAACACCACCACAUCCUGCACCACAGGAUACAGAAAAUCUAUUUAAGAUAACUAAUAUACACUACCGGUCAAAAGUUUUAGAACACCUACUCAUUCAAGGGUUUUUCUCUAUUUUUACUAUUUUCUACAUUGUAGAAUAAUAGCGAAGACGUCAAAACUAUGAAAUAACACAUAUGGAAUCAUGUAGUGACAAAAAAAGUGUUAAACAAAUCAAAAUAUAUUUUAGAUUUGAGAUUCUUCAAAGUAGCCACCUUUUGCCUUGAUGACAGCUUUGCACACUCUUGGCAUUCUCUCAACCAGCUUCAUGAGGUUGUCACCUGGAAUGCAUUUCAAUUAACAGGUGUGCCUUCUUAAUAGUUAAUUUGUGGAAUUUAGUGUGUGUGAGCCAAUCAGUUGUGUUGUGACAAGGUAGGGGGUGUAUACAGAAGAUAGCCCUAUUUGGUAAAAUACCAAGUCCUUAUUAUGGCAAGAACAGCUCAAAUAAGCAAAGAGAAAGAACAGUCCAUCAUUACUUUAGGACAUGAAGGUCAGUCAAUAUGGAACAUUUCAAGAACUUUGAAAGUUUCUUCAAGUGCACUCGCAAAAACCAACAAGCGCUAUGAUGAAACUGGCUCUCAUGAGGACCGCCACAGGAAUGGAAGACCCAGAGUUACCCAGAGUUACCUCUGCUGCAGAGGAUAAGUUACCAGCCUCAGAAAUUGCAGCCCAAAUAAAUGCUUCACAGAUUUCAAGUAACAGACACAUCUCAACAUCAACUGUUCAGAGGAGAUUGUGUGAAUCAGGCCUUCAUGGUCGAAUUGUUGCAAAGAAACCACUACUAAAGGACACCAAUAAGAAGAAGAGACUUGCUUGGGCCAAGAAACACGAGCAAUGGACAUUAGACCGGUGGAAAUCUGUCCUUUGGUCUGGAGUCCAAAUUUGAGAUUUUUGGUUCCAACCGCCGUGUCUUUGUGAGACGCGGUGUUGGUGAACGGAUUAUCUCCGCAUGUGUAUUUCCCACCGUAAAGCAUGGAGGAGAAGAUGUUAGGGUGUGGUGGUGCUUUGCUGGUGACACUGUAUGUGAUUUAUUUAGAAUUCAAGGCACACUUGACCAGCAUGGCUACCACAGCAUUCUGCAGCGUUACGCCAUCCCAUCUGGUUUGGGCUUAGUGGGACUAUCAUUUGUUUUUCAACAGGGCAAUGACCCAACACACCUCCAGGCUGUGUAAGGGCUAUUUUACCAAGAAGGAGAGUGAUGGAGUGCUGCAUCAGAUGACCUGGCCUCCACAAUCACCCGACCUCAACCAAAUUGAGAUGGUUUGGGAUGAGUCGGACGGCAGAGUGAAGGAAAAGCAGCCAACAAGUGCUCAGCAUAUGUGGGAACUCCUUCAAGACUGUUGGAAAAGCAUUCCUCAUGAAGCUGGUUGAGAGAAUGCCAAGAGUGUGCAAAGCGUGCAUCAAGGAAAAGGGUGCCUAUUUAAAGAAUCUCAAAUAUAAAAUAUAUUUUGAUUUGGUAAACACUUUUUUGGUUACUACAUGAUUCCAUAUGUGUUAUUUCAUAGUUUUGAUGUCUUCACUAUUAUUCUACAAUGUAUCAGCAACAAAAGAGUGAUCAAAUUAAGAUCCUACAUCUGUAGUCAUUGUCUGUAGGUAUUAUGUAAUAUACUUUAUAUGUGAACAGGGGAGCUAUGUAUCCCUUGUCCCGUCAUGCUGGUGGCUGCCAUGUGGUUGAGUCGUUGGGAGUGGGACUCACGAUGUCCUACGGGUUGUGUGUUCCAACAGCAGAUGUUCAAACAUCUGUUUGAACUUCAAGGCCUAAAGCUUGACCUGAAUUACUCUGGGGAGAAAACCAAUCUGUAUUGUUCAGUCUUAGUGUUGAGUAGCAACUUCCAUGUACAACGGACUGACGACAGAGUAGCAUUGUAAAUAAAAUAAAAUGUAUGAAGAGCCAAACUUGUUGUCACAACUGGUGAAGGCCCCUUGCUUUAAUGUCUCUAUCUCGACCUCCCUCCCUCCUUGUCUCUCUCUCUCUCUCUCUCUCGCUCUCUCUCUGUAGCUCAAGAUGUUUGAUCUAAACGGAGAUGGGAAGCUGGGCCUGUCAGAAAUGGCGAGGUGACUGUCAGUAACUGAGAAGAAAUGUUUCUAUUUCAUGUUUGCCUUCAGCAUCCGACACUCCUAACAAGUGUUUCAUGGAAAUGAUUCUCUGUUCUCUGUUCUUCUCUUUUAAGGCUUCUCCCAGUUCAGGAAAAUUUCUUACUGAAGUUCCAGGUGAGGAGUGUGCAAGAGGAACUGAUAGUCCCUUCAAACAAAUGCCUUUUCCACAGUAAUUUGGGCUGAUAAAAAUACCGGCAACAUGAUCAUUUGAUAUUUCAGAACACAAUCAUUAAUUUGCAAUCUAACUCAGUAACAUCAUGCUGUUCUGUUAUAAUAUGUUUUUAUUUCUAAAUGUGUUUUACAGGGUAUCAAACUGACCUCUGAGCAGUUCAAUGCUAUCUUUGCAUUCUACGACAAGGUACAUUCAUGAUAUGUGAUUGGAUAUUCUAAAAGGAUACAGUUUGCUAAAUGCUGUAUGUAUAGUAUUUAACUUUCAAUCAGGUUUGGUGGAUGACUGAGUUGUUUCACUCUCUGUCGUGAAAGCCAUGUCUAUGCAAAACAGUGGUCUUUCCGCUCAUCCGGGUAGGUAAAUAAGCUUUAUUGGUACACCUGCUGUUCUUGUUUGAGUGUUGGUUGAACAUAAAUUCCAUCAUUUGUGGACAGGUGAUGCCAGAUUUCAGGAACAAACUGCUGUUGUGGAAUGGAGUAAUGUCUUGGGAUAAUAGCAUUACAUCUGGCUUGGCAUGUAGUGGAUAGGGAUCUGACUUCAAGCAAGUAAAAUGCCAACUCGUAUCACUCGUGUGUUGUUGAUACCCCUAGAAUUGAUUGUGAUAUAUGGACUAUUUGAUUUGGCCUAAUGCAAAACCUGCACUGUAUCUCUGCCAAUUUCUUGUCGCCAUUGCUUUGUAGGCUACAAGUAUUGUGAUACAUGUUUCAUUACAUAUACAUUGUUCUCUAUUGAAUUACAGUAUGUUGCUACAUUUUCCAACAAGAGCAUGCAUUAUUCUCUAUUGAGGGUUACAUGUUUCACAAUAUUAAACUAGUGAUCCAUAAGACAACUAUUACAUCAGCAUGGCUCCAAACAGCUCACAGACUCCCUGAGUGACAGGUUAGAUCCUGUGACUUAAUAUGCCAAAAGUUUUCAAAUGUGGACUGAAAUGAAAGUGAUGAUGGAGAGUAAAAUUGAAAUGCUUCAGCAGAGCAGAGGGCUUUUUGCGUGCCUAUGUCUGGACUAGAUGCUUACUGAGAGGACUGGGGCAGACGCUCAAUUAUAAAUGAAACGCAGUCCAUGUACACAUGAUGUGUGUCAAACGCUAACAUUUACGUGCAUAAUUAUUUCAUCAUUUUGUGACGGCCCUGAAUAUUUCUGAACCGUCUCAAGGCUUCUCCUUCUAAUAGGGCGCUUCCCCUUUAAUUCCCCAUUAAAUAGCCAGCAUCAGCUGCGCAAAAGAGAAGUUGUGAUUGAGACCUGAAGGAGGAUGUGUACGACCUUCAGUUCAUGAAGCUUCGCCAUGACGUUUGUUUGGUUGCCUUACAGUGUGUUUUGUGGCCUUAAAGCGAGUUUACCCAGGAUUGGAUCCACUCUGUGCGUCUGUGGACUACAACUCUCCGUUGGUUUUCGUGGCCUUUCCUCCGCUGGAGGGCUGUUGGCGGAUUGUCUGACUGACCGACUGACUACAACUUUUUGUAUACGGUAUUUCCUUUGUUUGGGGGUGAUGUAUACUGUGAUUUAUGUAGUUGUGAGGACGUAUUAUUCUUUGGGUAGUCUUUGAUACGCUUUAUAGUUGUGUUACCAAAUAAGUGUUAUUUUGAGGGUAUGAAUAUACUGGGUUUAUGCUACGGACAAGCGUUGCGGGACUAAGGGCACUUGAGCCACGGAACUUAUUUACCGGGCUGGACUCUUUUUAUGCCCGAGGUACAGGACAUUUCUAAAUGAACAUAAGUGCAUUGAUUUGUUAUAUUGUUGUGUGUGGGUGGGUGUGAUCAUUUAUGUUGUGAAUACAACCAAGCAAAAGAAUACACUUGUUUGAAGUUCUUUCCAAGGUUUUAGGGGUUUAUGAAAAGUAUAUUUCCAUCUUGACUUUUACAUAAGUCCUUUGUAUUGGUGUGACUUGACGGACCAGAUGGGACUCAUUCCCUCCCGAACUAAAAGGAGAAACCUAUGCUUUCUCUGGUAGGCACUACCUACCUGGCACCCCUAUAAAUGCCUCAAGUCAAAACCGUUACAUAAAAAAUGGCACCCCAGAUGGGACUUGAACCCACAAUCUCUGGCUUAGGAGGCCAGUGCCUUAUCCAUUAGGCAUUUUUUAUGUAACGGUUUUGACUUGAGGCAUUUAUAGGGGUGCCAGGUAGGUAGUGCCUACCAGAGAAAGCAUAGGUUUCUCCUUUUAGUUCGGGAGGGAAUGAGUCCCAUCUGGUCCGUCAAGUCACACCAAUACAAAGGACUUAUGUAAAAGUCAAGAUGGAAAUAUACUUUUCAUAAACCCCUAAAACCUUGGAAAGAACUUCAAACAAGUGUAUUCUUUUGCUUGGUUGUAUUCACAACAUAAAUGAUCACACCCACCCACACACAACAAUAUAACAAAUCAAUGCACUUAUGUUCAUUUAGAAAUGUCCUGUACCUCGGGCAUAAAAAGAGUCCAGCCCGGUAAAUAAGUUCCGUGGCUCAAGUGCCCUUAGUCCCGCAACGCUUGUCCGUAGCAUAAACCCAGUAUAUUCAUACCCUCAAAAUAACACUUAUUUGGUAACACAACUAUAAAGCGUAUCAAAGACUACCCAAAGAAUAAUACGUCCUCACAACUACAUAAAUCACAGUAUACAUCACCCCCAAACAAAGGAAAUACCGUAUACAAAAAGUUGUAGUCAGUCGGUCAGUCAGACAAUCCGCCAACAGCCCUCCAGCGGAGGAAAGGCCACGAAAACCAACGGAGAGUUGUAGUCCACAGACGCACAGAGUGGAUCCAAUCCUGGGUAAACUCGCUUUAAGGCCACAAAACACACUGUAAGGCAACCAAACAAACGUCAUGGCGAAGCUUCAUGAACUGAAGGUCGUACACAUCCUCCUUCAGGUCUCAAUCACAACUUCUCUUUUGCGCAGCUGAUGCUGGCUAUUUAAUGGGGAAUUAAAGGGGAAGCGCCCUAUUAGAAGGAGAAGCCUUGAGACGGUUCAGAAAUAUUCAGGGCCGUCACAAUUUGUUUCAACCUCCACCCUGCAGCUGAAUCACUGGCAGCUGCUGUCACUGCUAUGGAAUUAUGGGUAAAAAAGAAUGGCGAGAGCAAGAAGCACGCCAGGUCAACCAAACACUAACAUGGCUCACUGUGCCAAAAUUAAAAUGUGCAGAGCUUUGAAAAACACAAAAUGUUUGACAGCACGCAACCAAGACAGUCUGUUUCCCGGCUUCCCAAAGAAAAACCCCACCACUGUAACUUCAGUACCAUGGCCCUUCCCCUCCACAAUGUCUCCUUAUACAUUUAAAGCUUUUGCUCUCGAGCAGCCAUAUACAGUACAUAUUCUUUAUUCAUGAGUGAAAUGUUAAGGGAAGUGUACCUUUUUAAACUUCCAUUGAAAGUAGGGAAUUGAGAGCGGUUCUAAUGCAGGUAUAUGAUACAUUUUACCCCUCGUUCUUCCAGGAUGGAAACGGCUACAUUGAUGAGCAGGAGCUCGAUGCUCUGUUGCGUGACCUCUAUGAAAAGAACAAAAAGGUGAGAUAAUAUGGAAGGUUUGGAGCUCAGCUCUCAUUCCCACAUAAUGCUGAAUUUCUCAUUAUAAUGCGUCAUUACAGAAGCACCAGUAUAGAUAAUGGUGUCUUGUCUUCUCUAAUCUUCUCUCAGGAGGUGGACACCAAAAACCUGAUUGGCUACAAGAAGAGCAUCAUGGCCCUGUCGGACGGGGGGAAGUUGUACCGCUCCGAGCUGGAGAUUGUGCUCUGCAGGGAGCCCAUGCUGUGAACCCUGACAACCAUCGCUGUCUGUUUUUUGACCUCCAUGACCCUAUCUGCCCAUCCUCAGAUCACACCCACCUCCAGCUGCUUGACGACUGUAACCUGGUGCAUGUGCCGGUCACUCCCUUCAUGAAUGUGCAACUGAGAAGCACAAACCAGCUCUCCCUCAUGACCCCUGUCCCCACUCGUCCCUGCAGACUGACCCAGCUCUUACGUUGCUCUCUGCUCAAUCCCUAAACUCUACAUUUAACAAAAUGAAUAAAGAUAAUAAGGUACUUAUGAUAACUAUGAUUGCAAUGUGAACAGGAGAGGAAUGAAAAUGAAUAUGAUACGAUUAUUUAUUCUGAAUGCUUGGUUUGACUUUUCUCCUCUCUUUUUUCUCUGUUUGAUCUGGUGUUUCAUCGUUAAAUUAUUAUCAUGUUACAUUUAGAUUUUUGAUGUUGGGUUUUCUGGCUUAUACUGUUAUAAUGAGGAUGUUAUCGAAAGCAUUAAUUAAAGAUAUCUUACGAU